AUGCAGUUCACCAAGAUCGCCUCCGUCCUCGCCAUGGCCGCCGCAGCCAUCGCCGCUCCCGCUCCCGGCAACUACGAGGUCGAGCCUCGCACUGGCGGUAGCAACAAUGGCAACAACCAGCCCGCCUGCUCUGCUCAAAGCCAGCAGAUUUGCUGCACCGGUCUCAGCUGUCUGGUCCAGGUUCUUGGCGCCGGUUGCUCCACCAGCUCUUACUGCUGCGAGUCUGAUGCCCCCGUCGGCGCUCUCGUCAACGUUGCUCUCCUCAACUGUGUCAAGCUUCUCUAA